AUGCUCCCACAAAUUCAACACACCAAUAAAACCACGUACACCUACAACACCAUGAUAAAAACUCAUCUAUCAAAUUCCAACACAAACCCACAAAUGGCGUUAGAGAUUUAUGUUAAAAUGAAAAGAAAUGGGAUCAGUUGUGAUAAUUAUACAUACCCAUUUGUCCUGAAGGCGUGUAAGAUGAUAUGCGGACUGUGGGAAGGCAGGCAGGUUCAUGGUGAAGUCAUGAAAGCUGGGUUUUUUGAUUCCGAUGUGUUUGUGAGAAAUGGGCUGAUUGGAAUGUAUUGCAAGUGUCAGCAGAUGAGUUGUUCCAGGAUUUUGUUUGAUUGUUUCCAUGGAAAAGAUUUGGUGUCAUGGAAUUUGAUGUUAGGCGGGUAUGCAGAGUGUCGUAAUAUGGUGGAAGCACAGAAGCUGUUCGAUGAAAUGCCUGAAAGAGAUGUUGUUUCUUGGUCCAUUAUGAUUGAUGGGUACGGCAAGAAAUUAGGCCUCGUAACUCACGCACGUAUACUGUUCGACCAAAUGCAUGAACGAGACUCGGUUUCAUGGAACACCAUGAUUGAUUCAUACGCCAAAAUCGGCAACAUGGUAGCAGCUCGGGAACUAUUUAACCUAAUGGAUCACAAAACCCUAAUUUCUUGGACCAUUAUGAUCAAUGGCUAUUCACAACACCAAAAUCCCAAAGAAGCAUUAACCCUCUUUAAUCUAAUGCUUUCACACGACAUAAAACCCGAUAAAUUUUGCAUCAUAGGUUCUAUAUCAGCAUGUGCCCAAUUGGGCGCACUCGAUUCAGGACGGUGGCUUCAUACAUACAUCAAAAAGACGAAAAUACCCCUUGAUGUCGUGGUAAACACAACCCUCAUCGACAUGUAUAUGAAAUGUGGUGGCAUUGAAGAGGCACGUGCGGUUUUCGAUAGCAUGUUGGAAAGAAACGUUAUUACUUAUAAUGUUAUGAUUUCCGGACUUGGAAUCAACAAUUCCGGUGCCGAAGCUUUGAGUUAUUUUUAUCAAAUGGAGCAAGGCGGAAUGGAAUUGGACGAUUUGGUAUACGUGAGUGUUUUAUCAGCGUGUAGUCAUGCGGGAUUUGUAUCUGAAGGUGUUGAAAUUUUUAAAAGAAUACGAAAUCCAAAGGUUGAACACUACGGAUGCUUAAUCGAUCUUCUUGUUCGAAAGGGCGAAUUUGGAAAAGUGUUAAAUUUUAUCGGAUCGAUGCCGAUGGAACCGAAUGUAGAUUUGUGGGGUUCGGUUCUUUUAGGGUGUAGGGUAUGGAAGAAUGUUGGUUUGGGUGAAUUUGCGGUGGAUCGGUUGACAGAGAUUGGUGGGGAUGAUCGUGGGGUUUAUGUUCUUAUGUCGAAUAUUUAUGCGGAUAGUGGAAUGUGGGAUGGUGUGGCGGCGAUGAGGAGGAUUGUGGCGGUGAAAGGGGUGGUGGAGGGUGGAAAGAGUGUGAUUGAGGUGGUUGGUGGUGGUGUUGAGGAGUUUGUUUCGGGUAAAAAUGGUGGGGUUCGUGGGGCUGAUAUUGAAGAGGUUGUUUGUAGUUUAUCUAAGAUAGUGGAUUUGGAAUAUGAGGGUUAA